GCUUCCUGCCCUAGCCUUAAAAGUAGUUAGCGAGCUAGCGUGUAGCGACUGAUAGCUUACUUUCACUGACAUCUGUUUUGAAAGCGAAAAAGUUUGCUGCGGAACGCAAAUAGAGGCAAGUGUUAGUCGAAGAACGUUUCUGCCGUCCUGUGCCGAACCGUGAGUCCCAUAUCAACCGAAACAGCGCUCUCGAGAAACCGUUGGUAGCGGCUGAAGUGCAGCUGGAUGUGACAGGUUCGUCAUCAGGCAUGGACCUCCGGCAGAAGCAGUCAAGAGCUCGCGAGGAAUGACAGCAGAACACAUGGUCAUUAACUCCUGUCGCUGAGGCUGAGGGGAGAGCUGCGCUGUAGCUCCGCGUCACAGAAGCACCGGGAGCGUCCUGCGUUUGGGACAGCAGACAGACAGACAGACACAGAGCUACGGGACCCCCGGUGAAAGGAGAUCACUGACAGAAAGUGCCUUGUGAGACAGCAUCCCUACUUGAAGAUCGCUGAGUGUUUCUGAAGAACUCCAGAUUUUUUUUUUUUUGCCCUCUGCGAUCGUGACGCCACACGGCUCGGCUGUGAGGAUCGCUGACCCUUGAUUUGUCCUCACCUGUGAUCUGUGUGAAGGAAAAGUAAAGAGCUGCUGGAGCUGCUGCAUAGCUGGCCAACGUGCCAAAGCUCAGAGAGAGGGUAACAAUAAAAAGCCACAAACUUUGUAUUAUCCUGAACUGUGCCAUUGUACCUCAAAAUAACCCUGAUAUCCACCCCUUGCAAAGAUAUCAUCACUCACGCAGAGGACAUUUUGGGGACACGGGUACAUCGACUAAAGCUUUUCUCUGAGCAUGCCCCCUCUGCCUUUCCAGACGUUCGCACCUGAGACUUACUGAUUGAUAAACAACUAGCUGUUUGACUGAGAAACUCCACAAUAGCGCAAUAGUGUAGUCCCAUGUUCAGGUCACAGAGACUUUGCCAGUCCAUUACCUCCACGUUCCUGUCUGCAAGGACAAGCCUGAUCCACUGACCUGAAGCAGAUCAUUUAUAGCUACACAUUCUGCUGCUUCUUAGUUCUUUUGUUUUUUGGGGAUAUUUUUGUUUUUGUUUCUUUUUUUUAACUGGAGUGCUCCUCUUCAGAGGAUAACCUCCACAUUAAACCUAGUGGCUCUGCUGCAACCCGGCUCUACAGCCAGCGCUGUUGACAUGGCUCUAAACAUUGCCUCCAUACGGGACACAAAAUGGCUGACCCUGGAAGUGUGCCGGCAGUUUCAACGCGGGACUUGUUCACGCAGUGAUGAAGAAUGCAAAUUUGCCCACCCACCCAAAAGCUGCCAGGUGGAGAAUGGGAGAGUGAUCGCCUGCUUUGACUCGUUAAAGGGUCGCUGCACACGAGAGAACUGCAAAUACCUCCACCCACCUGCUCACCUGAAGACCCAGCUGGAGAUCAACGGGCGAAAUAACCUGAUCCAGCAGAAGACAGCUGCCGCCAUGUUGGCUCAACAAAUGCAGUUUAUGAUCCCCGGCACCACCAUGCAACCUGUGCAGACGUUUCCAGUCAGCCAGGGGCUGGGGUCCAGCGCAGGUUUAAGCUACACACCCUACCUGACUCCCAUGUCCCACAGCAUGGGUCUGGUGCCAACAGACAUCCUGCCCAGCACUCCGGUUAUCGUCCCCGGCAGCCCGCCCGUCUCCGUGACCGCUGGCUCUUCCUCCAACCAGAAACUUCUGCGUACUGACAAGCUGGAGGUUUGCCGCGAGUUCCAGCGGGGCAACUGCGCUCGCGGCGAGACAGACUGCCGUUUCGCCCACCCGAGCGACAGCCCCAUGAUCGACACCAGCGACAACACGGUCACCGUGUGCAUGGACUACAUCAAGAGUCGCUGCUCUCGCGAGAAGUGCAAGUACUUCCACCCCCCCGCCCACCUGCAGGCCAAGAUUAAGGCCGCCCAACACCAGGCCAACCAGACAGCUGUGGCUGCGCAAGCUGCUGCCACAGCUGCAGCCAUGACUCAGUCGACUGCCAAAGCAAUGAAGCGACCCCUCGAGGCAACUGUAGACCUGGCGUUCCCCCACGGCGUCCUCCAGCCCCUACCAAAGAGACCAGCACUUGAGAAGAGCAACGGAGCGAGCUCCCUGUUCAAUCCCAGUGUUUUGCACUACCAGCAGGCGCUGGCCAACGCACAGCUCCAGCAGCCCGCUUUCUUUCCCACAGGGUCAGUCUUGUGCAUGACUCCCGCUAGCAGUCUUGAUUAUCCUGAAGUAAGAGUCAGGAAGGGAACGGAGUGUCAAGAAGCUGCACUAGGAAACCCAAAACAUCCCCUCUGUAAAUACUACCUAACCUCUCCCAUAGAGGUCCAGCAACCUGCAUGCUAAGAGUGUAACACUUCAAUUUAACCAUAAGAACUGCAGUACCGGUGUAACACACACACACACACACACACACACACACACACACACACACACAGGAAAAAAUAAAAAGAUAUAUACUGUAUGUAUUGCUAGAAAAAAAAACUAUUAACAAUGAAAAAUCAAAAAAUAUUCUUAUGUAUAGUACAUACAUAGCAGACGCACUAUAGAGGUCAUUUUAACAACUGUUCUCUCAGAAUACCGUGGAUCUCCUCUUCUUGCAUAUUUAUUCUAAAAACCAACCUGCACAAUAUUCAUCCCUUUGGUUAGUCAAGAAAAACACAGAUGUUUGAUUUGCACUAUAUGAAAGUAUAGUGUUUAAUGUUGAAGACAAGGAAGAGUCACAGAGACCCCAUGCACAACACACCUACGCACGCGAUGCUUUCACGAGGGUUUUUCGUCUUGCGGUCGUUGCUUUUCUCUCUGCAAAAGUUGAAUGUCCUCGGGGCAGCCAGGCUCAUGAGCUCUUCGUGUGAUUGUCCCUGCGAGGGUUCCUGCGCGACCCUCAUCUGCCACCCGAUGCUGUUAAGAUGCCAUGAUGAAGCUCCUCCCUCCCUUCCCUCUGCCAACUUUUCAUCUCUGGAAACAUCUUGCCAAAGUUGAGGCUUGGAAGAGGUCACUUUUUUUUUUCUUUUGCCAUUGCCCACACUGCAAAUAGGACCCACUCGCCAUCUUUUUUAGUUGCGUUGCUGGGUUCAGAUCUUUGAUAGAUUGUGCAUGCAGUCGUGACAGGAGAAGUCGGAAGAUAGUCGUGGCCAUUACCGAAAAAGCCUGAAGGCUGGGGUGUGUGCCAAGGGCUCAGCAAAGCGCGAGGGUUUGUUCCAGACAUGCCAAGCCUUGUGCGUGUGUGUGCGUGCGUGUGCGUGCGUGUGCGUGUGUGCGUGUGUGUUAGAGACUGAUGGUCUGCCGGCAGACUGGGACUUAAAGUGGGAUCUGGCACAUGAUGGUGACACCAAGCCUGGUAGGAGAGCUUUUUACCUGGAGGAGGGUGAAGGAUUUAAGUGCUAAGACUAAACAAUUAAAAAAAACAAAAACAAAAAAAAAACGGUGCAUUCGACGACACUCGUCAAGCAAACAGAUGACUUGAACUUCAACUGGAGGGCUAUCUGUGACCGUCGGUUGUUCUGUCCAACCCUACUAUCACCGAUAAUCCUGUUCCAUUUUAGAAAACUGUAGAAGUGCCUAAAAAAAUUACUCAUCAACAACACUUGCAUCCAGAGUGUAUCACUAAAAAGUCACAGACACAACACACUGGGCUGUCGAGAGCUACAAGGACUCUUUGGGGAAAAGACAUCACACUUUUUGGCGUCCCUGGAGGAGAUUUCCAGCUAAGCGCUCAUUAACAUCACAAGUGACUUUACUGAAAAAGAAACGUAAGAAACGACAAAUCAAAAAUAGCUUUGUAGAAUGUUUGGUGACUUUCACAGUGUACCAUUGUUUCUUACCAUGGUUCUGAAUAGUUUACAUGAGGAACGUGAGUGAGACAAACAUGUAUUGUAAACUGUGUAAUGUAUGUAAAGUGUCUCUUAUUUUGAGAGUUUAUAUUCAUGGUUCUAGAAAUGUAUUCAAAGUUAUUUAAGAGUUUGUGUUGUGUCUACUAUCAAAGUAUGUUUGAACCUCCCCCCCUCUCUAAAAAAAAUCCCUCCACCUCCUGGAACAAUCAUUUGUUUUUGUUUUUUUAGAGCAUAAAAUGUUCUUUGGUCAUUUUACACCAACAUUUUUUUCUUUUUCUUUUUUUGUAUUUUGACGACUAGCAGUGUGUUUUAACUCAUUAUACUAAAUUUUAUUUGACAUUCUUCAAAAUUCGGAUGUAAUUUCAUGGUGCUUGAUUAACAUCGACAAUCCACAAUCAUGCUUUUUUUUGAGUUUCAUUCACUUUGAAUGUCCUCACACACGUUCUGAUCUGUGUGUAAUAUUUGUGGAAGGUGGUUUAAAAAAAAAAUUUCUAUUUUGUUGUAAUUUAUCUUAUGUUACUCUUGGUCAAAAUUUUAGUCAGAAAAAGAAAACACAAUGUUGUAAACUAUUCUAUUUUGAAAUGAAUGUAAUUUAUUGAGCUGUGCUACGUUCUGCACGGUUGGUCAUUUCAAGGUCUAACCCGUAGGGGGCCGGCGAAUGAGAAGUUGCGCACGUCUUGAGUGGGAGGGGUUUAAACGUCGACCCGCCCUCAGCCCUCCCCUCGAUGGAAAGCUACUGGACCUUUCUUGCCUUCUCAUCCAUAGAAACGAUCACGGUGUUGCAGUAAUGAGCAUAGUUAUAGAGUUGCUUGUGUUGUUGGGAAAAAAAAUGUUUAUUGUAUAGAUGACAUUUUACCAAAAAAAGCAAAGAAAAUUUCAAAAAAGAUGUACUUUUCACUCUAGUAUAAUAGUAUUUCAUAACAUAACUUGUUGCAGUGGCAACCAGAUGUUGCAAUUACUAAAGUUGGGUAUUUUUGUAAAUGACAUUGUUAAGUUGGUUUUUGUUUCUGUUUUUUUUUUCUUUGCUAGAACACUGUACAAGGUAGAUUGUAAAGAAGAUAUGAACAUUUCUUAUUCUUCUCUGAGAUUAUGACAGUGACCUAAUAUUUUCAUUAGUAAGUAACAGCCUCUAUAGUGCUGUGACUGUAACACUUAGAGAUAUAAAAUUCAUCGAUGUUACAUAGAUUACAUAUAAAUAUAUAUAAAAUAUAUAUAUAUAUAAAUAUAAGAACUAAAUAAUCUAUAAAUUAAUAAGAUGUUCAACUUUCCCCCUGACAAAGGACCUCUAGGUUCCACACAGAUACAUUUUAUUCGAGGCUUAUGUAUCACUAGUCUUUAGGAUUGCACUUUCAUAUUGUUUAUUGAUCUGUUCUGUUUUUCACUUCCUUCAAGGGUAAAUCUGUUCAUCAGUAAAUGGCAGAUAUUACCAGUAAAUGACUUCAAUUCAACACGUUGCAUGAGAGAAAACAAUCUUUUCUUUUCUUACUAAAUUAUAACGUACUGAAUGUUUCUAGUGAAUAAAAAAAAAAUGUCUGUACACAAAAUGUCCUUAUUUGGUGCCCCCUGUGUAUGGACUUUCUCUUGAAAUGUUUUUUUUUUUUAUUGUGUUGGCAAUGAUUGACUGAUGGUAACAGCACUUUCUGAGCAGUUGGCCGACUGAGCAGACUCAACUUAUCCAAACACUUUGCCUUAUCUUGAGUCCAUCGUACUUAAGGUUUUAUGUUUUAAAGAGCUCUUAUGAAAUUUAUUAAACAGACCUAAGUGGGUCUCUCUCUUUCUCUUCUCAAAUCCCUUCAGAGUUUCAUUUGAACUAUGAAUCUUUAUAUCGGAAAUCAUUUUUUUAAGGUUCUAACGUAUGCGUCACAAGGCCAAAAGUGAGAGGAGAUUGCAGCAGAGCAAACAGUCACCGAUCUUUACUUCCUGUCUCCCAAAUCUGUGAGUGAAAUCGUUUGGGUCCCAUUGCCUUACAAUGGAACAUGCAAUUCACAGCUUUAGCCAGCAGAGGACACUAUACCAGAGACUGAAGGUUAAGAAGUGUGGCUGCCUGUGUCAUCAUUGUUGCAGUGUACCUCACCAACAAAGUCAAGACAUGAAAACCAAUUGACAAGAAGACCCACGUCAGAUUUCUAGUUUCAGUGUAAACAUUUUUAAAUGUUUUGGGUUUUUUUGCAUAUAUUUUGUGCUACUUUAUGUUUCUAUAGUCAAAUGUUUCUUUGGUUCCAGCAAGAUAGUGUAAAAUCUAUUGAAAGAAAGAAAUAAAGAAAAUUAAAGUAA